AUGGACACCCUAUUAACAGCGGAGGUGGCUGCCAACUCUCCAAGGUUCAGGCGGAAGUCAAGCACUUUCGUGGAUGCCAUUCAUGAUUUACCAGAGAAAAUGGAAAUGGCACCCGCGCAGCUUUACAGCACCGAAUCUGGCCGCCUGUUCCACUCUGGGAGGAUCGCCAUUGCGACGGUUGGACUGCCUGCUCGUGGCAAGACUCAUGUGUCAGUGGCAUUGGCUCGGUACCUACGUUGGCUUGGAGUUAAGACUCGGAUAUUUCAUUUGGGAGACUACCGACGGGCAACGGUUGGACCAGGAAAAGAUGUGCCAGACGACUACUUCUUUGUGAAUGCAUCAGCAUCGUCCGUGUUACUACGACAGAAGAUCCUGAAGAAGUGUCGUGAGGACAUAUAUCAUUUUCUCAACCAUGAAAACGGCCAGAUUGCAAUCUAUGAUGCUGUCAAUCCACUCUCGGCGGGUCGGAGAUCCCUAGCAAAAGAGUUUGCAAAGCAUGAUAUCGAAACGCUCUUUAUCGAGUCGUCUUGCGAUGAUGAAAGAAUCAUUGAAGAGAAUGUGCGAAGCGUUAAGAUAUCUUCUCCAGAUUAUGUUGGCUGGGAUCCCGCUGACGCAGUCAAACAUUAUCUUGCAAGGAUGUCUGCGAAGAUUCCACAUUUUGAGACCAUGGAAGAACCUGACCUCAACUUCAUCAAGAUGAUUAACGCGGGGGAACGGCUGGUGGUGAACAAUUGCAGUUUCGGCUAUCUGUCCCAUCGUAUUGUAUUUUAUCUUCUGAACUUACAUAUUAAAUCUAGGCAUACUUAUUUCGUGCGCGCAGGGACAACCCGUGAAGAGGAUUCUUACAAGGCUGAUGCGCACCUUUCGCCACAAGGAGAGGACUAUGCUAUGAAAAUGAGUCAGACACUACUAAAACAUCGUGAGGAGGAACGGGCAGCUCUCAUAGAGAAAGGCGGUGCAGACACGCCGUUGAAGCCACUUACUAUUUGGACUUCAACACGUCGCCGAACGGUGGAAACCGCCAGUUGGCUGAAGCUUCAAGGGUACAAAGUCCGGCAACGAUCUCAGAUGAGCCAGCUGAACCCGGGGGUGUGUGAGAAGAUGUCUGAGACACGGAUCAGAUUAGAGUACCCAGAUGAGAUCAGAAAGCAUGAAGCAGACCCUUAUCAUCAUCGUUACCCAAGGGCCGAAUCAUAUCACGAUGUUGCCGUCCGUCUUGAACCAAUCAUCCUUGAACUCGAGCGUGAACAGAAUGAUCUGCUCAUCAUUGCCCACGAGAGCGUGUUGAGAGUAUUAUAUGGAUACCUUAUGGCUUGCAAUUCAACUGACAUACCAUUCUUAUCAUUUCCGCGCAACGAGAUUAUCGAGAUCAUCCCUGCCAGCUACAACAACGAAGCAAAACGCAUAAAAAUCCCUGACUUGCCACCUGAGAUGAUUCCCGCAUCCCCCGAGGAUAUCAAGAUUCCUGUCCCGCCCAGUGGGAUUAUCACGCCCAUGCCAGGAGGAAUUGGCAGUCCGCAGAUUGCAGCGACAAUGCCAGAGACGGGAUCUGGUACCAAGACGCCUGAGAACAAUGACGAACUUGCGAUCAGGAUCCAUGAUGUCGUCUGA